AUGGGUUCCGUCGAUAAUACGGCAGCCUUUUGGGUGAAGGCUAAUAAAUAUCUUAUGACGACUGGUGUUCCAUUUUCUCCUGUUAUAAUUACUAAGGCUCAGGGCACCCGACUCUAUGAGGCCAGUGGCCGAUCCAUCCUUGACUUCACCUCGGGUCAAAUGAGCUCCUUACUCGGCCACUCUCAUCCCGAAAUUGUGGAAGUGGUGAAACAUCAUGUCUCUGAGCUGGACCACUUGCUCAGCAACAUGAUAACCCAUCCCGUCAUUGAACUGGCAGAACGACUCGCCAAAGUACUGCCUGCGCCUCUGGAGAAAUCUUUCUUUCUGAACACUGGAUCCGAAUCAACCGAAGCAGCUAUUAAAAUGGCCAAGUGCUAUACUGGAAACUUUGAAAUAGUCGCCUUCGCAGCGAGCUAUCACGGUCUGACUCAGGGCUCAGGAUCUGCUACGUACUCUGCUGGUCGCAAACGCGGUGGUCCUUGCAUGCCUGGUCAACUUGUCUUCCCUGCACCUUAUGCCUACCGCUCGCCUUUCCGUAAACCUGAUGGAUCCUAUGACUGGGAGACAGAGCUGGACUAUGGCUGGUCAAUGAUUGAUCGACAAAGCGUGGGCUCUCUCGCAGCGUUUAUCAUGGAGCCCAUCUUGUCAACAGGAGGUAUUUUGGAUAUGCCCGAGGGGUAUAUGAAACGCAUGGUGGCUGAGUGCAAGAAGCGCGGUAUGCUAGUCAUCAUGGAUGAAGCACAAACUGGCGUGGGUCGUACCGGUCACAUGUUCGCAUUCGAGCGAGAUGGUAUCGUGCCUGAUAUUCUCGCACUCUCAAAGACCCUAGGCUGUGGUCUUCCUCUUGCUUCUGUUAGCACUACGGCUGAGAUUGAGCGCGGCUGUACGGAGGCUGGAUUUCUCUGGCUAACGACCCACCUGAAUGAUCCCCUGACCGCGGCAGUUGGCAACAAGGUGCUCGAGAUUGUUGAGCGUGAUAGAAUCUGCGACCGUGCCACUGAGCGGGGUGCUCAGCUCCGGGAAGGUCUACUUGAGCUAAAAAGGAAAUACUGGUGUAUUGGUGACGUUCGCGGCCGCGGUCUUCUACAGGGUAUUGAGAUCAUCUCCAAUGCCCAGACCAGGGCGCCCGGCUCUGAUCUUGGACAGGCGGUCUCCGAUCGUGCAAUGAUGUGCGGUCUCUCGUGCAAUGUGGUUAAUCUUCCCGGGAUGGGUGGCGUAUUCCGCCUUGCACCUCCGGUGACUGUAACUGCGGAAGAGAUUGAGGAAGGACUUGGGGUUUUGAAUGAAGCCUUUGGGUACGUUUUGAAGAAACAAGCAACUGAGUAG